UCUGACGACGUGGAAGACAUGGAAGCUAGUGGGGAGUCUGCUGUGAAAUCACUUUUAAGUGAUGAAUGCUACGCGGAUUUCUUGAAGGAGGAUUUUGAUGUGAAGACGUAUACAGCUCAAGCUAUUCACCAUGCAGUCAUUGCCGAACAACUGGCUAAACUGGCCGAAGGAAUCAGUCAGCUGGACAAAGAGUUGCACUGUCAGGUGGUUGCCAGACAUGAGGACCUUUUGGCUCAGGCAACCGGCAUUGAAUCACUGGAAGGUGUCCUGCAAAUGAUGCAGACGAGGAUUGCUGCACUGCAGAGCGCGGUGGACAGGAUAAGGACCAAAAUUGUUGACCCCUAUAAUAAGAUAGUGGCCCGCACAGCACAGCUGGCAAGAUUACAGGUGGCCUGUGACCUGCUGAGGCGGAUCAUCCGUAUCCUGUACCUCAGCAAGCGGCUGCAAGGGCAGCUGCAGGGUGGCAGCCGGGAGAUCACCAAGGCAGCGCAGAGCCUCAACGAGCUCGACUAUCUGUCCCAAGGAGUGGACCUGUCUGGCAUCGACGUGAUUGAGAAUGACCUGCUGUUCAUCAGCCGGGCGCGACUGGAGGUGGAGAACCAGGCCAAGAGGCUUCUGGAGCAGGGCAUGGAGAUCCAGAACCCAACGCAGGUGGGAACGGCUCUUCAGGUGUUCUACAAUCUGGGCAGCCUCAGGGAGACCAUCAGCGGGGUGGUGGACGGGUACCGGGCAUCCGUGAAGGACAACGUGACCAAUGCCCUGGACAUCAAGAUCCUCACCCAGCCAGCUGCCAAUCGAGGGGCGCCGGGCAGAGCAAUGAUGCCGACCCCGGGGAGCACGGCGGCCUUCCGAGCGGCUCUCUGGACCAACCUGGAGAAGCUCAUGGACCAGAUCUGUGCAGCCUGUGGCCAGGUCCAGCAUCUCCAGAAGGUCCUGACCAAGAAGAGGGAUCCCGUCACUCAUGUCUGUUUCAUCGAUGAGAUCAUCAAGGAUGGACAGCCUGACAUCUUGUACACCUUCUGGAAUUCGGUGACCGGAACGCUGUCGGUGGAGUUCCAAAAAGCCACCGCUGACUCUACCUUCCUGAAGCAGGCGCUAGAGGGCGAGUACCCGAAGUUACUGCGGCUGUACAACGAGCUGUGGAAGCGGCUGCAGCAGUACAGCUCCAACAUCCAGGGGGCGCUCUCCACCCAGGGAGGGCUGGACCUGCCCAUGGACCUGCCCACCUCGGAGACCGACUCCAAGGACCUCUUCACCCAGACCAAGCAGGACUACGACCCCGAGAAGGCCCUGAAGGACUCUCUGCAGCCGUACGAGGCCGCCUACCUUUCCAAGUCCCUGUCGCGUCUCUUUGACCCCAUCAACCUGGUCUUCCCGCAGGGGGGCCGCAACCCCCCCUCCAACGACGAGCUGGACAGCAUCAUCAAGACCAUAGCCAGUGAGCUGAACGUGGCCUCUGUGGAUCCUAGUCUGACCGUGGCUGUGGCCAAGAACUCCGCCAAGACGGUGCAGCUCUUCUGUGUGAAGUGCGAGCAGCUGCUCAGUACCCAGGGAGAAGCCAGCCAGGUGAUUGGCCCCCUGACAGACGGCCAGAGGAGGAACGUGGGCGUGGUCAACUCUCUGCACCGGCUGCAGCAGGCCGUGGCCAAGGUUAUAUCCAGUCAAACUGCAUUCCCACCUGCUGCAGAACAAGCUCUCACUGCUUCUCUGGAGGGGGUGCAAAGCCUGAUGGUCAACGCAGUCCAGCCUUUGCUGCUUUCCGUGAGCGACUCCAUAGAAGCCAUCCUCAUCACCCUGCACCAGGAGGAUUUUUCUGUGCCCCUCUCCGCGGCAGGUCGUCCAGACGUGCCGUGCUCGCUGUACAUGAAGGAGCUGCAGGGCUUCGUGUCGCGCUGCAUGAGCGACUACCUGCGCCACUUCACCUGCCUGGACUUCAUCUACGACAACACGGAGGCCAUCGCCCGCCGCGCCAUCCACCUGUUCAUCCGCAAUGCCAGCCUGCUGCGCCCGCUCGGGGAGGGCGGCAAGAUGAGGCUGGCCGCCGACUUUGCCCAGAUGGAGUUGGCCGUGGCCCCCAUGUGCAGGCGCGUGUCAGACCUGGGGAAGCCGUAUCGGCUGCUGCGCUCCUUCAGGCCACUGCUCUUCCAGACCAACGAGCUGAUCGCCAGCAGUCAGGCUCUGGGCGAUGUCAUCCCUUACAGCUGCAUACUGCACUUCCUGUUCACACGCGCACCUCCUGAGCUCAAGUCACCACAUCAGAGAGCAGAGUGGUCCAUUGCCCGCUACUCCCAGUGGCUGGACGACCACCCCUCCGAGAAGGACCGCCUCACCCUCAUCAGGGGGGCUCUGGAGGCCUACGUCCAGUCGGUCAAGGCGAGGCAGGGGAAGGAGUUUGCACCCGUGUAUCCCAUCAUGCUCCAGCUGCUCGUGAGGGCCACCAGUGGCGUGAAGGAGACCUGACCAAUCCGUGGAGCUCAUUCAUAUCAGCCUCAAGACUUUUGUAUUGCCAUACCUACAGUACAAAUCAACGCAAAACACUGCUAAAUAUUAUAAUUUUUUGUAAUCAGUCUAAAUCAUAUUGCUUCUGUGAAUCUGUUAUUAGAGCACAGUUCACAGGCAGCGUUUGGAUUAUUUUUUUUGCUGUCUGAAUCAGUGUACUAAUAUGAUUUGGACUAUCUACAUAAAGAACUGUGUAGGUAUGUGGCGUUCAAUCUCUUCACGGUAAAAAGGUUGUCUCUGGGUAGAUAUCUUCUGGUUCCUUCUUAGUUAUAAAGAGGACAUUAUUAGAGGUCAGGUUUAAGAUCAUUGCUGUUUUUUUUUUUUAUUUAUUUUCAUUUCCUUGUACUUCUGUAACUCAUUAUGUGGGAGGGAAGGGCACUGUAAUAUAUUAAAACUCUGAUUUGACAA